AUGGCGUUGCUCACGCCGUUAGUGUCUGUUGCAAUUUCGAUACUUUACACGCCGUUUUUGCUUUUAAUACUGUGCAUUAUAUUCCUGGCGUCCAUUGGCAAAUCCCUUGGGGUUAGGAGAUUAUAUGUGAACAUACUUUUGAAGCUUUUCGAGUAUGGCCGGCAGCACAUCGAGGUGGCCAAGAAGCUGCAGAGGAGCGACAGCUCCGACGAGGAGGAGCUGACCGUUCCGGACGACAAGCCACCGUCCGCCGUCGUCAAGGAGAACGGCACGAACGGCACGAAGAUGACGGUGAUCGAGCGUCAGGAGAUCCUGGGACCCUCGCCGGAGCUGAACUACAGGCGGGUGCAGAACGGGCACCGGGCGGAAGAGGGCACUGGCCAGGGCGAGACAAACCUGGAGUUCCACUUCUACCACUGCAUGGACCUCAUCAAGGCCGGUAUGGAGUCUAUUAUCGAGGACCAGGUCACCUCGGUGUUCGAGGCCGAAGAGCUGAGGAGUUGGAACCUUCUCACCAGGACCAACAGACAGUACGAGUUCCUCACCUGGCGUCUGACCAUCAUCUGGAUGAUGGGAUUCGUGGUGCGCUACUUCUUCCUGCUGCCGCUGAGGAUACUGAUCUUCGUCAUAGGAGUGUGGUGGCUGAUAGUGAGCACGGCGUGCGUGGGCUCGCUGCCCGACGGGCCGCUGAAGCAGCGGCUGAACCACACCGCCUCGAUCCUCAGCUUCAACUUCCUCUCGCGCUGCAUCUCGAUGGUGAUCACGUACCACGACGGCGAGGAGAACCGCCCGCGGAGCGGCAUCUGCGUCGCCAACCACACCAGCCCCAUCGACGUGCUGGUGCUCAUGUGCGACAACUGCUACUCGCUGAUCGGCCAGAGACACGACGGGUUCCUGGGCCUCCUGCAACGGGCCCUGGCCAGGGCUUCGCCCCACAUCUGGUUCGAGCGGUCCGAGGUGAAGGACCGCCACGCGGUAGCGAACAGGCUAAAGGAGCACAUCUCGGUGCCGGACAACCCCCCGAUCCUCAUCUUCCCCGAGGGCACCUGCAUCAACAACACGUCCGUGAUGCAGUUCAAGAAGGGCAGCUUCGAGGUCGGCGGCACCAUCUACCCCGUCGCAAUCAAGUAUGAUCCGCGCUUCGGCGACGCGUUCUGGAACAGCUCCCGCUACGGGAUGCUGCACUACCUGCUGAACAUGAUGAGCUCGUGGGCGAUCGUGUGCGAGGUGUGGUACCUGCCGCCGAUGAGGAGGGCGCCGCAGGAGACGGCCGUGCACUUCGCCAACCGCGUCAAGGCGGCCGUGGCGCGCAGGGGCGGCCUGGUCGACCUCAUGUGGGACGGCCAGCUGAAGAGGAUGAAGGCGAAGAAGGAGUGGCGGGAGCUCCAGCAAGAGGAGUUCAGCAAAAGACUGAAGGGGGAG